AUGCGCCAACAUGCUAAAAAAAGAUUGUGCGAUGUGCAAAGUUUGAUUAAAUUAGCAACUAUAAAAAGUUAUCCACCAUGUGCAAUAUUAGUUACGGCAUUGUCUGCGAUAAAAGAGUGUGAGCGCGUUGCUGGAAUCGUUGUUUCGCUCACUACGAGAUCUAAAGAGUCCAAAAGGUGGGAUAUUUUUGAGAGGAGAUCCGAAAAUAUUGGAUUAAUCGAAAGUUUGAUGAAAAAUCUGCCUUGCAUCGAUGAUGAUCUGCAAAAAGUUGUUGAUGUACGUUUAUGUAUCCGUAAUUAUAUGGAUCUUUCAAUGAAUUGGAAACAGCGAUGCACCAAAAUUCUUUCUGAUGUCAGUGCUAUUAACGAAUGUAGUCAUUCUCUUAUUGAUCCUCUCAGUGAAUUGAUAGACGAAGCGCAUAACUUAAAUUUAAGCUUGCCUGAAGUAUUAAAUCUCGAAAAAAUUUUGAAACAGUGUCAAUGGUUUUUACGUUCAAAAAAGUUAUUAAAUUGGAACCAUGGUGAAAAAAAGGAAGAAAAUGAUAGAAAGGAAAUCAUUGAUUACUUCAAAGAAGAAUGCCGUUGGAAACUACAAAACUUAAUGUCAUUUGUUGAUGAAGGAUCUACAAUUAUGGAAAAUAAUUUAGCGAUGCAGGAAGUUAUUAAUGCCUUGAAAUUAAUGGUGAAGUUAGGAUAUGAAAAUGAAUUUGCGGCGGAAAAAUUUUUAUCUGAUAAAGCUAAUGAAGGUAUUGGUUACGAAAAAGCCAAUGAACAAUGGCUUUUAUUAGAGCAAACGGAUUGGAUGACCGAGAAAAAUAUCGAUUGUUUCAGGAAAGAAAUGGUUCUAGCUAAAAAAAUUCGCGAUAUGCUUUAUUACUAUAGAGAAUCUGGUACUUGUACUUUAAGAGAUUUGCGAAAUCUUGUACUAGAUUGCUCUGGGUCGCUUUUCAUUCGUGGAACUACAAUACAUGAUGAUGUAAUUGGCUUAUAUAAUGGCGUAAAUUUAUUUCGUGAGAACAUAUGCCAAAUUUUUGUUAACGAACCAUCAUAUUACUCAGUUUUUGACAUAGUUAGCGGUCGCAGUGAUUUACCUUCGAUUAUUGACGGUACUUCUUCUCCACUUCGCCUACUUUACAACUAUUCAACUGAUGAGCAUUGGUCUAAAAUUAAUAAUUUUAUAACUGCUGAGCAACUGCAUAAUCACGGUGUUAUAAGUUUUCUUUAA